AUGGCCACUCCUCUGACGGACCAGGAGAAGCGGCGGCAGAUCAGUUUGCGUGGGAUCCCGGAUUUGGAGAACGUGCAUGAGUUGAUAAAGGGGUUCAACAGACACCUGCACUUUACGCUGGUGAAGGACAGGAACAUCGCCACGCCCCGGGACUACUACUUCGCCCUGGCGCACACGGUCCGGGAUCACCUCGUGGGCCGAUGGAUCCGCACGCAGCAGUUCUACUACGAGGCAGACCCAAAGAGGGUGUACUACCUCUCUCUGGAGUUCUACAUGGGCCGCACUCUGCAGAACACGAUGGUGAACCUGGGCGUGCAGAACACCUGUGACGAGGCCAUGUACCAGCUGGGGUUGGACAUUGAGGAGCUGGAGGAGAUCGAAGAGGACGCUGGUUUGGGAAAUGGAGGCUUGGGACGUCUGGCAGCUUGUUUCCUGGACUCCAUGGCGACACUGGGUCUCGCUGCAUACGGUUACGGCAUCCGUUAUGAGUACGGCAUCUUCAACCAGAAGAUCAGAGACGGAUGGCAGGUGGAGGAGGCAGACGAUUGGCUGAGACAUGGAAACCCGUGGGAGAAGGCCCGCCCCGAGUACAUGCUGCCGGUGCACUUCUACGGCCGCGUGGAGGACACCAAAGAGGGCUCCAAAUGGGUCGACACGCAGGUGGUGCUGGCCAUGCCCUUUGACACGCCCAUCCCCGGGUACCAGAACAACACGGUGAACACCAUGAGGCUGUGGUCUGCGCGAGCUCCCAACGACUUCAACCUCAGAGACUUUAAUGUUGGAGAUUACAUCCAGGCUGUUUUGGACAGAAAUGUGGCAGAAAACAUCUCCCGAGUCCUCUACCCCAACGACAAUUUCUUCGAGGGAAAGGAGCUGCGUCUGAAGCAGGAGUACUUUGUGGUGGCGGCGACUCUCCAGGAUAUAAUCCGAAGAUUCAAAACCACCAAGAAAGGAGUUCCAGGUCGCUCCUCCUUCGAGAACUUCCCAGACAAGGUGGCGAUUCAGUUGAAUGACACCCACCCAGCCAUGGCCAUCCCAGAGCUCAUGAGGAUCUUUGUGGACAUUGAGAAACUGGACUGGGACGAGGCCUGGGACUUGACCCGAAGGACCUUCGCCUACACAAACCACACAGUCCUCCCCGAGGCCCUGGAGCGGUGGCCCGUCCGCCUCAUGGAGACACUUCUGCCCCGGCACCUGCAGAUCAUCUACCAGAUCAACCAGAAGCACCUGGACAACAUUGCGGCUCUGUUCCCGGAUGACAUGGAUCGGCUGCGGGCCAUGUCUCUGAUCGAGGAGGACGGGGAGAAGAGGGUGAACAUGGCUCAUCUCUGCAUCGUUGGCUCUCACGCUGUGAACGGCGUGGCUCAGAUCCACUCCAACAUCGUCAAGACCCAAGUGUUCCGGAACUUCAGUGAAUUGGAGCCGGAGAAGUUUCAGAACAAGACGAACGGGAUCACGCCUCGUCGCUGGCUGCUGGUCUGCAACACGGGGCUGGUGGACAUCAUCGCCGAGAUGAUCGGUGAGGACUUUGUGACAAACUUGAGUGAACUGAAGAAACUCAACGACUUUGUGGACGAUAAACAUUUUCUCCAGAACAUCAUGAAAGUCAAACAGGAAAACAAGCUAAAGUUUGGCCAGUAUUUGGAAGCAGAGUACAGGGUGAAGAUAAACCAGGCGUCCAUCUUUGACGUUCACGUGAAGAGGAUCCACGAGUACAAGAGACAAGUGCUCAACUGUCUGCACAUCAUUUACCUCUACAACAAGAUCCGCAUGAACCCUGCUGCUCCUUUCACUCCACGGACUGUGAUCAUUGGGGGGAAGGCUGCCCCUGGGUACCACAUGGCCAAGAUGAUCAUCAAACUCAUCACAUCUGUAGCAAAUGUGGUGAACAAUGAUCCAAUUGUGGGAGACCGACUCAAGGUUAUCUUCCUGGAGAACUACAGAGUGUCCCUGGCUGAGAAAGUGAUCCCGGCCACAGACCUGUCUGAGCAGAUCUCCACGGCGGGGACAGAGGCCUCAGGCACCGGGAACAUGAAGUUUAUGCUGAACGGAGCUCUGACCAUCGGCACCAUGGACGGCGCCAACGUGGAGAUGGCCGAGGAGGCGGGCGAGGAAAACCUCUUUAUAUUUGGGAUGAGGGUGGAGGACGUGCAGGCGCUCGACGAGGAAGGAUACGACGCCAUGUUGUACUACAAAAAGCUCCCAGCGCUCAAACAAGUGAUGGACCAGAUCACCAGUGGAUACUUCUGCCCCAAAAACCCACAUCAGUUCAAAGACCUCACAGACAUGCUCUUCAACCACGACAGGUUCAAAGUUUUCGCAGACUUUGAGGACUAUGUAAAAUGCCAAGAGCGAGUCAGCAAACUUUUCCAGAACCCAAUGGAAUGGACCAAGAUGGUGGUCAGAAACAUCGCCGCAACCGGGAAGUUUUCGAGCGACCGCACAAUCACAGAAUAUGCACGAGAAAUCUGGAACGUGGAGCCGAGUAACCUCAAGAUCCCUCCUCCCAGCGAGCCUCUGCACGUGGACCACCUCACCAGCUAG